UGGCGGCCUCGAGCAGAGUUUUGCCACGAGAGCAUUAAGUCUGUUUAUUUGGUGCUACUGUAAAGAUAUCCAGUUGCUAGUAGACUACGUUUAAAAUAUAGUGACAAUGGCAACUCGUUUUUGCGAUAUAGCGCCAUCUCUGCGAGUGGCAUUAUGGGCACAUGGCAGGUCGAGAUCAACUGCAUUUGAAUUAGCAAUUGCAGCAGAACCUUCAAUCAAAGUUUUCCAUGAACAGUUUGUUAUGGCAGGUUUUCAUGGAGAGGAACGAAUGUGUAAAGAUGUGUUCGUUCGUGGUCCUCCAGUUCCUGGAUACACAUACCAAGAAGUGAAAGAUAGAUUAGAGAAAACUUCGUGUCCAGAAAAAAGUGCCAUCUUCAUUAAAGAUAACGCAGGAAGUAUUGGAGGAAGAGCAAACUAUAUAUACCUACCCACUGGUUAUAUUCACACAUUCCUGAUUCGUGAUCCAAAGGCAUCCAUCAUAUCUUCGUACAAGAGUGUUUUAGAAGAUUGCAGCCGUAUUGAAUGUGACAUUAGAGAUGUACCCAAACGUACCAUAGAAGUGUAUUCUUUUGAAGCAAAUUACAUACUAUAUAAGUACAUCACAGACGAAUUAAAUCUACCAGCAAUAAUCGUAGAAUCAGAUGAUUUGAUAAGAAAUCCAAGAGAAACUUUACAAAAAUAUUGUUUAGCAACAGGUCUUUCAUUUAGUGAGAACUUCUUAAAUUGGAAACCAGGAAAUAUACACCAUUUUCCUGAUCAUAUGAAAAAUCCACAGUUUGUGGAACUGUAUUUCAAACCCGCGAUUGAAAGCAGCUGCUUUCAAUCACCGACACAAUCUCCCAUGACCUUGAGUGAGUUACCAGAUGAAUUAAAACAGUACAUUGAUCAUGUUAUGCCUCUGUACAGGGAGAUGGCAGACAAGAAAUUGUAA